CCGGCGGCCCUCGCGGCAGGUUGAGGGCGUCAGGGCAGUUCGCGAUGGCCGCGGCUGGUUCCGCUGCCGUGUCUGGGGCCGGGACCCCAGUGGCGGGGCCCACAGGCCGCGACCUCUUUGCCGAGGGGCUCCUGGAGUUCCUGCGACCUGCUGUGCAGCAACUCGACUCUCACGUGCACGCGGUCAGAGAAAGCCAAGUAGAGCUCCGGGAACAAAUUGACAACCUAGCUACAGAACUGUGCCGGAUCAAUGAGGAUCAGAAGGUGGCCCUGGAUCUGGACCCCUAUGUUAAGAAGCUGCUUAAUGCCAGGCGGCGAGUUGUCUUGGUCAACAAUAUUUUACAGAAUGCACAGGAACGACUAAGGCGGUUAAACCACAGUGUGGCCAAGGAAACAGCCCGCAGGAGAGCCAUGCUGGAUUCAGGAGUUUACCCUCCUGGUUCUCCAAGCAAAUAAGCCUGGACCUGUGACCAGAGUAUACAGUACUAUUCUCCAACGGCUUUGUCUUGGUAGACAGAAGAUUCCAGCAAAGUCUCCGUAGACCUUUGAUUUGUUUGCACUAUGUACUCAUUCAUGUAGCAGCCUCAAGAAAUAUGCAUACAGCAGGACUAUUCCUAAAGAACCUCCAUUACAGUGUCCUUCCAAGAAUGAGCCUCUA